GUAUGUGUGUGUCUGUGAGUCUUAGCGCUAUUUUCUCUAAGAUUUUGUUCUUACAAUAUUUUCUUUUUUCCUCAAGAAAUAAAGUAAAGCAAACACGUUGUGCGGUAAUAGUUCUUAGACGAGAAUACAAAAAAAAAUAUAUUGUGGUUGUUUUUUUUUGUAAUGUUGUUGGGUUUUUGGGCAUUUUCUUUCGGUUUUUCACGCGUAAUUUUUCUGCACUUGAGCUAAAACACACAUAUUUAUGAGUAAAAAAGUAAAAAAAUUAAAAAUGAAAAGAAACAAAAAUCAUAGUGAAAUACAAGCGUUUUUGUACCAGAGGCCAGACAAUUGUUGAACAAGUACUUUGGGCCGCUUUAGUUAUCUGUUGCAACUCGCAAUGAACGGUGCGGUUUUUCUGAAAAAAAGGCUAAAUAAAAAAUAUUAAAAAAAAGAAAGAAAAUAUUAACAAAAAAUAAACAGAAUUUAAUAAACCUUUAAAUUUAGAGUGUGUGUGUAUGUUUAUUUUUUUCAUAACGGUUUCAAGUUGCAACAUUGUGAAGCCUUUUUUUAUUUGUACGUGUUUGUUGUCAUCCUUGUAUAGUGUAUUGUUGCACGGUGUUGUAUUGUUUAACGGAGUGUUUGUUUUAAACAAAAAACUGUAUCCUUACUCACACUUAAACAUAGAUACAAACACACAUACACACACAGUUGUUCUUUCUCUUAAAUAGAGAUUUACAUACAUACUUAUACAACGUGUAAACAAUGGCGACACCAGCUGAGCUGGCUCGCCUUAUUGACCUGCAUUUAUCAGAUUUACGUGACCCUGAGCCUAACUGGACAAUAGGCCCUUCAAAAGUGGCAGGACGUGGUGUAUUUGCCACACGCGAUAUACAACAGGGCGAAACUAUAUUUCGCGAGAGAGCAUUGGUUGUGGGGCCAACAGCACGUAAAGGUUCUAUAUUAAAUACUUGCGUCUGUUGUCAUAAAUUAUUGGGGGUCAAGGAUUUUUUAUGCAAAAACAAAUGCACACUACCAGUGUGUGAUAAAUGUGCCGAUUCGCCAGAACAUCACAAUGAAUGUCAAUUAUUUCAACGUUGGCAACCGAUGGAUAUGAAGCAGAUAAAUGCCAACAGAAACAACAAUACAACCAUUACCAGCACUAGCAAUGGCAAGGCCAAUGGCGUUGGCAAUGGUAAAGUCAAAGGCAAGGGAAAUGUUAGGCAUAACAAUGCCACGAAUGGAUCGAAUGGUAAUGGUUUGGUAGCUGAUGAUCAUGAAAAAUCUCCCGAACUAGCUGAGCCACAGCAGCAGACGGAGCAGGAAGAAGAUGAUUCCUAUCCUCCCGUAAACUCCAUGUCCUUACGUCUUCUAACCGCCAUACGUGUCUUCUUUCUCAAUGAGGAUCAACGUGCUUUAAUUAAUGCCAUGCAGGCUAAUAAUGAUCGUGGUUAUCGCCAGGAAAUUAUCAAAGCGGCUCAAUGUUUCCGCAAAUUUCCCACUACCGAUAAACUCUUUAUGGAUCGUCUAUUUCGCAUAGUAGGUGUCUGUAAUACGAAUGCCUUCGAAACACCCUGCAGGGUAGGA